AUGGCGAUCUUGAGCAAAGUCGGGGGCACUUUUGUUGACCUCUCGGUCAUCGCGUGGGACAAUGUCAUCGCCUUGAUGAACCUCGUCACGCCCAAGAUCAAGGAGGGUGAUGUCGUCCCCGCUGGAGCUCCUGGUCACCACCUCAAAUGGCCCGAAUAUGUGGCACCGAAGGAGGGCGAUUCGCGCUCCGCCUGCCCAAUGUUGAACGCCAUGGCCAACCACGGAAUCCUCCCUCACGAUGGCAAGAAUAUCACUUUCCGUGAGCUCGACACCAAAGUGCGCCAGACAUUCAACUUCGCCUCAUCGUUCUGCUUUUUCGUCCCCAAUUUCGCCGCCCGCUUCCUGAACAAAUCCUACCGAAAUGACCGCUUUGACCUCGCCGACAUCAGCCUGCACGCUGACAACGCCAUUGAACACGAUGCCAGCUUGACCCGACACGACGCCGCCUUGCAGCCCGACCAGGGUAAACCUGAUCUGGAGCUUGUACACCAGCUUCUCCAGGAGGCCACUGGGACUUUCCCUGACGGAACACCUCGAUUGACUAAGGAGGAUCUUUCGCGAGCUCUGUCUAGGCGUAGAGUGGAAGCGCGCAAGUCAAACAAAGAUUACUCUGAGAGCCUUUUUCACAACAUGUUCGGAAGUGCGAACUCCUCAACCAUGCUGACCAUUUUCGGCGGAAACGUCGCCGAUCUCACGCCUAUGCUUACCGAGGAGCGCUUCUCCGAGAAUUGGGAGCCACGUGUUCGGGACCGCUUCGGCCUCACAAUGGCCAAGUUCAACUUCACCGUGUUGCCUGUCGAGCGAGGCGUGGACAUUAAGAAGUACCAAUAA